AUGUUACUGCAUUCAGCACUGAGCUUAAUGCUCGUUGAAGGAGUGCUUGCACUGGAAUGUUUUCAAUGUGAUUCGCUGUCAGAUGCUCGUUGUGCACAUGAAUAUGCACCGACAUUUCGACAACCAUGCCCGUCGCUAACAUUGGGCGAUUUCUCGAAUAAGAAUGCAAUUGCAUGUCGUAAAGUGGAACAAACAAAUCCAGGUUAA